AUGACUCGGCAGCCGAGGAACAGUGUUUACAGCAGUGAGGAGGAUGAGGAAAAGGCUGAGAUGUAUGAGCACGAUUACGACGGCAUGAUGGCAAAGCCUGGUAACCGCCACCUUGGGAAAAUGCUCUGGACACGGGAAGAGGAUGAGAAGUUGAAGAAGCUUGUCGAGCUUCAUGGAUCAGAAGACUGGAAAGUAAUUGCAAGUUUACUAUUUAACCGUACAGAUGUGCAUUGUCAGCACAAAUGGCAAAAGGUUCUCAACCCAGAAUUAAUCAAAGGACCCUGGACCAAAGAAGAAGACCAGCGGGUAAUAGAGCUGGUUCAAAAGUAUGGUGCCAACCGCUAGUCGGUUAUCACCAAGCACCUGAAGGGGCGCAUCGGCAAGCAGUGCCAUGAGCGAUGGCACAACCACCUUAACCCGGAGGUGAAGAAGACCUCGUGGACCGAGGAGGAGGACCACAUAAUCUACCAGGUGCACGAGAAGCUGGGCAACCGCUGGGCCGAGAUCGCUAAGCUGCUCCCCGGCAGGACCGACAAUGCCAUAAAAAAACAUUGGAACUCCACCAUGAGGUGCAAGGUGGAGCAGGAGGGCUACCUGCAGAGCACGGCCAAGGGCACCAGCUCACCACUCUCUGUCGGCCAUGGCUACACCAAGCCCAGCGGCCACCUCAUGACGUUCCCGCACCACCCUGCAGAGACAGCUAAGCAGAAUCAUUGGCCCGAGUACUUGCUAUAG